AUGGGGUCUCCUUACAGAGAGUCCCCACCCAUCAUUUUCACCAGCUCAUCACCCAGCGUCAACACCAGUAGCGAGUCAGAGGAGAGAAAUGAGGAACUCCACUCAUUGCUGCAGAGGAUCUCAUUCAACAACAGUGCUGGGGAUGAAAUCGCAUUAAAUGAACAUGGAGAAUUAGCAGCUGGCUUUGAUAUUACAAACCUGGUCACUUACCCAAAUAAUUCCUAUGUUAGGGUCAAAGUCGGAAGGCUGGAUCCUCAGGCCCCUCCUGGCAAAGAGCUCACCAUGAAUGGGGACGGAAUCCAAUGGCACAGAGUCUUCACUCAGGUGCCACCCCUUUCAUUGUGUAAUGCCAACUGCCUUCCUGGUUAUGAGAAGAAAAAGAAGGAGGGCAAGAAGUUUUGUUGUUAUGAUUGCAAUCCAUGUCCUCGUGGGAUGUUCUCAAAUGAGAAGGGAUUGGAAACCUGUGCCAGAUGUCCUCCAGAACAAUAUCCAAAUGAAAAGCAGAAUCAGUGCAUUCCCAAGAAACCUAACGUCUUAGGCUUUGGUGAAACUUUGGCCAUGGUUUCAACUUUCUCUGCGCUUUUAUUCUCUCUGAUCACAGCUGUGGUACUUGGCAUUUUCAUUAAGCACCGGAACACUGCCAUCGUCAAAGCCAAUAACAGAAGCCUCACUUACAUUCUCCUCAUCUCCCUCCUCUUGUGUUUCCUUUGCUCUUUGAUGUUCAUUGGAAUGCCUAAUAAGGCAACCUGCCCACUUCGACAAACGGCUUUUGGCAUUGUCUUCUCUGUGGCCCUCUCCAGCAUCUUGGCCAAGACUAUUUCAGUGGUUUUGGCAUUCAUGGCUACAAAGCCAGGAUCCAGGAUCAGGAGAUGCGUAGGCAAAAAACUGGCUUAUUCCAUUGUCCUUUCCUGCUCUGUGAUUCAAAUGGGAAUCUGUGUCUUCUGGCUGGCAACCUCUCCCCCAUUCCCAGAUGUGGACAUGCACUCAAUGAGUGAAGAAAUUAUAUUACUAUGUAAUGAAGGGUCAGUCCUCAUGUUCUAUUGUGUUUUGGGCUACAUGGGCUUCCUGGCCACUGUCAGCUUGACUGUGGCCUUCUUAGCCAGGAAGUUGCCUGACAGCUUCAAUGAAGCCAAGUUCAUCACCUUCAGCAUGCUGGUCUUCUGCAGUGUUUGGUUCUCUUUUAUUCCCACAUACUUGAGCACCAGAGGAAAAUACAUGGUGGCUGUGGAGAUCUUCUCCAUCUUGGCUUCCAGUGCUGGGCUCCUGGCUUGCAUAUUUUCCCCUAAAUGCUACAUUAUUGUGGUGAGGCCUGAGCUG